AUGCAGCAGCCCAAAGUCUUCUACCCCCAGCACGAGACCUACGCCUCUCGACCCUUAGACCGAGCAGACGGGCAGCAACAAAACCGAGGUUUCCCGGCGUUUGUCCUGCCCGAAAACCUUGCCUCUGUAGGGACGCCCAGUUUGUACCACCCGCCCAGUCAAGAUCUUUGCGCAGCGCCCCCAGCAGGCUUCCACAUGGCCCCCUGCGGCUGCUUCUUCGACCCCCGCAUCUACCGCAUCGAGUGGGCCACGGCCAACUUUGUCCAGCCCUCGGUCUACAAACUGUCCGGUGGGCCCAACCCCCAAAACUCCUACCUCCUGGACAGCCAGAAGUACCUCAAGGGCUCGGUCCAGCCGCUGCCCUACGCCCCAGCCUACCAGCCCGUGGCUGGCCACCCCCCAUUUGCCAUGCCCUUCUUCAAACCCGAGGGGUCCCCCGGCAAGCUGACUGACCACGUCGGCUUCGUGGCCAACCUGGCCCAUGGCCCCCCAUUUGUGGAGGUGCCCCAUCUGCCGGGCGAGAGCCUGAUGCCCGUGGAAGAGCACAAACUCUUGGCGGUGGUCCCAAGUUCGAGUCUCAAAGAGCAGCAGCAGCAGCAGCAGCAGCAUCACAGCCAGGUGGGCCCCUACCAGCCUCUCGACCCCAGGGCCGGCUUGGCCUACCCAGUCUUCAAGGGUUUCCCGGCAGAGGAAGUCGACUUCAAGGUCAGCGAGGUCCCCCUGGGGAUGGGGGAGCCGCUCCUGAGCCCCAUCGCCCACCCUGAAGAGGCGGUCGCCUGCGGGGGCAUGGAACAGCUGGAGCCUUGCGUCAACCUGGAGGGGAUUCUGCCCCGGGAGACCCCCUUGCUGGAGGAGCCGGGCGAGGCCUUCCAGCUGCUGGACCAGGUACCCCUGGAAGAUGCCAUGAAGCUCUUUGACUGCUCGCCCAUCCAUUCGGACAUUGAGGCCCCCCUGGACGAGAUGGGCGCUGGGGGCCAGGCCGCCCUUCCGGGGGAGGCUGCCAUGCGGGAGGGUUGCUUCUCCGGCGAGGACUCAUCCAGCGACAUCCGGUCCCUCAACCUGCCGGACGAGCUGCUCUCCUUCGACUACAGCGUGCCGGAGAUCCUCAGCGCCGUGACCAGUCUGGAUUAUCUCUACGAUGUGAACUCCUUCGGGGAGGGCCCCCCCUGGGAGAGCAGGCUGGGCUCUCCGCCGCCUCUCCCGAGACUCCUCCGGUCUCCCGCGGGCCUGGAGGAGAAGAGGAGGAACCUGGGCCCCGGCAACAGAGCCAGGAAACCCGAACGGGCAUCCAUGCAGGGGGGCAACAGGGAGACUCUGGAGGGAAACGCCACCCUGCUGGCCCUCUGA